CUCAGCAAUUCAGCAUCUCCUCGAGGGGACGAGCAGAAAUGGCGGCUUCUUGCGCGCUUUCCUCCCUCUCCCUCUCCGUCUCCGUCUCCUCCAGUUCAUCACCUCGCCGGUUCAGGCCAAGGCGCUGCUCCGGGGUGGUGGCCAUGGCCAGCGUGGGGCAGAAGGUGUACGCGCCCGGCGUGGCGGUCUCCGAGGGCAAUGGCGGGCUGCAGAAGAUCGACCUCAAGUCGCCGCAUGGGAGUGAGGCUGAGAUUUAUCUAUUUGGGGCCUGCGUAACAUCUUGGAAAGUCCCCAGUGGAAAAGACGUCCUAUUUGUCAGACCAGAUGCUGUGUUCAACGGGCAGAAACCCAUCAGUGGUGGAAUCCCACAUUGUUUCCCCCAAUUCGGUCCUGGUCCCAUGCAGCAGCAUGGAUUUGCAAGGAACAUGAAUUGGUCUAUCACUGAUUCAGAAGCUAAUGAAGGAAAUCCAGCUGUAACUUUGGAACUAAAAGAUGACUCUUAUAGCCGUUCAAUGUGGGAUUUCAGCUUCCAAGCAUUGUAUAAGGUUGCACUCCACUCUACAAGCCUGUCAACAACCCUGAAAAUAACAAAUACAGACGAUAAGCCUUUCUCAUUCAACUCAGCACUCCACAGUUAUUUCCGUGCUUCAAUUUCUGGUGUUUUGGUGAAAGGUCUCAAAGGUUGUAAGACCCUAAAUAAGGAUCCUGACCCCAAAAAUCCUUUGGAGGGCAAAGAAGAGAGGGAAGAGGUAACUUUUCCAGGAUUUGUUGAUUGCGUCUACCUUGGUGCACCAAGUGAGCUCACUCUGGACAAUGGAUUGGGUGACAAAAUUGUGAUAUCAAAUGCCAAUUGGUCAGAUGCAGUGCUGUGGAAUCCUCACUUGCAGAUGGAGGCGUGUUACAAAGAUUUUGUCUGUGUUGAAAAUGCAAAGAUUGAAACAGUACAACUGGAGCCAAAACAAUCUUGGGUGGCGGAGCAGAAGAUUGAAAUAAUAUGAAGCUAAACAGCCCACAAAGCAGUAUAGUACAACAAUUAUUUUGUUAAAGGAACCUCCGUUUUUCUUUACAAAAUUGAAUGAAAAGGUCAUACCCAAAUGUA